AUGGAGCACGAUCACUCCGCCUCCGACGUUGAGAAGGAGGCCGUCACUGUGGCCCGGCCACAGGGCGAUGUCUCCCGCGUCGAGGCUCCCGUUACCCUCAAGGCGUACAUGAUGUGCGUCUUUGCCGCUUUCGGCGGUAUCUUCUUCGGCUACGAUUCCGGUUACAUUUCUGGUGUCAUGGGCAUGAAGUACUUUAUCGAAACCAUCGAGGGACCCGGUGCCACCUUCUUGCCUUCCAAGGAAAAGUCGCUCAUCACCUCCAUUCUCUCUGCCGGUACCUUCUUUGGCGCCCUCAUGGGCGGUGAUCUCGCUGACUGGGUCGGUCGUCGUCCUACCAUCAUCUUCGGCUGCCUCAUUUUCAUCAUCGGUGUCAUUCUCCAGACUGCCUCCCAGGGCUUGGGCCUCAUCGUUGCCGGCCGUCUCGUCGCUGGUUUCGGUGUCGGUUUCGUCUCCGCUAUCAUCAUCUUGUACAUGUCUGAGAUCGCGCCCCGCAAGGUCCGCGGUGCUCUCGUGUCCGGCUACCAGUUCUGCAUCUGCGUGGGUCUGCUCCUGGCCUCAUGGCCUGGCCCUAAUUCUGCUGGCGGCAUCUUCCUCCUCCCCGAGUCCCCUCGCUACUUUGUUCGCAAGGGACAGAUGGACAAGGCCGCCGUCGUGCUCUCCCGCCUGCGCGAUCAGCCGCUUGAUUCCGACUACGUCAGGGAUGAGCUUGCCGAGAUCAUUGCCAACCACGAGUUCGAGAUGCAGGUCGUCCCCCACGGCAACUACUUCCAGCAGUGGGCCAACUGCUUCCGCGGCUCCAUCUGGCAGGGCGGCUCCUACAUCCGCCGUACCAUUCUCGGCACUUCCAUGCAGAUGAUGCAGCAGUGGACGGGAUGCAACUUCAUCUUCUACUUUGGCACCACCUUCUUCCAGCAGCUCGGCACCAUUGACGACCCCUUCCUCAUGUCCCUGGUCACCACCCUCGUCAACGUCUGCUCCACUCCCAUCUCCUUCUACACCAUGGAGAAGCUCGGCCGUCGUACCCUCCUCAUCUGGGGCGCUCUCGGUAUGCUUACCUGCGAGUUCAUCGUCGCCAUUGUUGGUACCUGCAAGCCCGACGACGACACUGCCAUCAAGGCCAUGCUUGCUUUUAUCUGCAUCUACAUCUUCUUCUUUGCUACCACCUGGGGCCCUGGUGCCUGGGUCGUCAUUGGCGAGGUUUUCCCUCUUCCCAUUCGUGCCAAGGGUGUUGCCCUUUCCACCGCCUCCAACUGGCUCUGGAACUGCAUCAUCGCCGUCAUCACCCCCUACAUGGUCGACGAGGACAAGGGCAACCUGGGCCCCAAGGUGUUCUACAUCUGGGGUGGCCUCUGCACCUGCUGCUUCGUCUACGCCUACCUGCUCGUUCCCGAGACCAAGGGUCUCACCCUCGAGCAGGUCGACCAGAUGCUUUCCGAGUCUACCCCCCGCACCUCAGCCAAGUGGAAGCCUCACACCACUUUUGCCGCUGAGAUGGGCAUGACGGAGAAGGCCGCUGUUGCUGCUGGCCACGCCGAGAACCACGGCGAUAGCGAGUAA